AUGAAUGAUGAGACCGAGCUAUUGAUCGGCAGGAAACAACGUUUAUAUGAUAACACUGAACAUCAGCAGCGACAAUCAUCCCGUCUAGAGUGGGCAGAAGCAUCGUGGACACGAUGGUGGUAUGUUCUUUGCUGGUGGUGGAUGAAUCCCAUACUUUGGCUAAGCUACAAACGAGCCUUGAAUGAUGAAGAUCUCGACGAUUUACCUCAUCAAGAUAAAAGCUCGAUUCUAUUAAACCAGUUCCAAGCGUACGACUGGAAAACAACAACAACACAGCAUAUUAUUACUCGAACAUUCUGGAAAAGUUUGCUAGUUACCGGACUUCUUCUAUUACCUAGAAUGGUAUUUAGAAUAGGAAAAGCUAUGAUUCUUCGUGAAAUCAUCCUAUUUAUCAGUAGUGCUCAAAUACAUUCUUCCAAAACAUUAUCGUCUGGCACUGUAGGGUAUAUUUAUGCUCUAGCGUUACUAUUUUGUAUAUUUAUGGAGACUUUAUUUCAUCACCAGUUUUUAUAUCGUUCUACUCGCAUUGGUCUAAAAAUUCGUAAUGCGCUCACAUCGGUUAUUUACUCCCAUCUAUUGUCAGUCAAUACGGCAUCACUACACCAAACAACGGUAGCACAAAUGGUCAAUUUUAUCGCUUAUGAUGCAACGAAAUUUGAUGAUUUAGCCGUUUUUAUUCAUUACUUAUGGCAGGCACCCUUGGAAGCUGCUUUGGUGUUUGCUCUUCUCUGUUGGAUUAUCGGACCAUUACCCAUAUUGAUCGGGUAUGCCAUAUUAGUUUUACUUAUUCCUAUACAAAUACUGUUCGGUAGAAAAUUCACCCAGUACUGUAGCACAACAGCCAUGUGUGCUGAUAAACGUAUUCGUGCAUUCAGCGAGUUAAUACAUGGAGCUCAGAUUAUCAAAAUGUAUAAUUGGGAGAAAUCAAUGGAAGUAUACGUACGUCAUAUGCGUCAAGAAGAAUUUGCUAGUAUUAAGCGUGCAUCGCAUCUGCGUGCAAUAAAUAUGUGCUUAUUUUUUGUAUCUAUUCCGCUGAUUGUACUUGCCACAUUUGGUAGUGCCUGGCUCAUGGGUUAUCCAUUGAGACUAGUUGAUGUUUGCAUUUUACUUGUGCUUUUUGGUCAGAUACGAACUCCUCUCACCAGAUUUGUACCUCAAGCCAUUGAGAAACUAAGCCAAGUACGAAUAGCAACAAAGCGAAUCGAUGAUUGUAUGCGACUGGCGACCGUGAAUCAACGAACAUCAGUAAUGCUUUCAGAUGGUCAAGAAAAACAGAAAGAAGUAAUUGUGAUGUGUGAUGCCUCAUUUUCAUGGGAUAGUUCUGUUAGUUGUUUAUCAUUGUUUAAUGUUAAUAUUGUAUCUGGUACACUUGUGGGAAUUACUGGACCAACAGGCUCGGGUAAAUCAUCACUACUAGCGGCUAUUCUUGGUGAGAUGACCUUACUCAGCGGUGAGUUCCAUAUCAACAAGAAUACAUUCUCCUAUGCCCCGCAAUCACCUUGGAUACUUGCUGAUACCAUUCGAGCAAAUGUACUGUUUGGAAAUUCUUUUGAUGAGCAACAUUAUGAAAGUGUCUUACGAGCUUGCUGUCUCGAUUUUGAUUUAACUACGUUCGGACCUAGUGGUGAUUUGAUAACAGUCGGUGAAAAAGGCAUGAACCUAAGUGGAGGACAAAAGGCACGUAUAUCACUUGCCCGCGCAGUGUAUGCCGAUGCUGAUAUUUAUCUUCUUGAUGACCCAUUCGCUGCUGUAGACCCAACGGUAGCUCAAAAAAUUUAUGAUCAAUGUGUUGGUCCCAACGGACUCUUGCGCCAUAAAACUAGGUUAUUAGUGACUCAUCAGACACGGUUUCUCGCCGAAUCACAUCAAACUAUACUUCUUGCACAUGGCUGUAUUCAAGCUCAAGGUAAAUUUAAUGAAUUGCCUAUCGAAAGUCAGGAUAAAAAUACAACUGAUAGCAGCAUAACGACUGACAAACCUAUGACAACUGGCAUGCUUGAUAUAGGACAAUCAAUUGUCGAUGUACAAUCGAUUAUUGCCGAUGAAGCAUCACUGGACAGUGAUGUCGAUUGGUCACUAUGGUGUUCUCUCUUUACAGUGCCGCCAUUGAAGUGGCUUGGGCUAGUUUUCAUGAUUUUCCUUCUCUUUUUUGUCGAAGUUCUUUACGAUGGAACAAAUUGCUGGGUCUUUCUCUGGUCCAAGCAAUCCUAUGCGAGUCAGCAGCAUCGUCCGAUGCUUACUUAUAUCUUUAUUACGUUAACAUUGUCGACAUCGAUCGUGGCUCUGUUUCGAGCUGAAUUUUUCUUCUAUCUCAUAUUGAAAGGUGUGAACAGACUGCAUGAUAGAAUGUUAACAGGAGUACUAUACGCAUCAAUGAGAUUUUUUGAGAGUAAUUCAAGUGGACGAAUUCUAAAUCGGGCAAGCAGAGAUCAGCAAAUCGUCGAUGAACUGCUGCCUGUGACAUUAUUCGAUGCAAUUCAAUCUUUAUUGAUGAUAUGUGGAGCUCUAAUCAUUAUUGGAAUUGUGAACCCAUUACUUUUAGCUUUUAUUGUCCCAUCACUGCUUGUAAUUUGGUUAUUAUGUCGUUUAUAUGUAAGAUCAAAUCGUCAAUUUAAAAAACUGGAGAAUCUGUCACGCAGUCCUAUCUAUACACUUUUCUCAUCAUCUUUGAACGGCUUGUCUACGAUACGUGCAUUCAAAGUGACAGAAACUUUCAUAGAUUUAUUUAAUAGUAGGAUAGACACCAAUAGCCGUGCGUAUAUGACUAUGUUGGGUAGUAGCUAUUGGCUCUGCUUUCAUCUUGAUCUUUUAGCGGUGUUACUCCCCUUUAUCAUUGUCGUUGUUUCUGUAAAAUCUCGAAACGACAGUGAUCUAUCAACAGUAGCAAUUAGCUUGACUUAUAGUGUAACUAUGACAGGGUGGUUUUAUUGGUGCAUAAGGCAAUUGUUUGAAGCUGAAAAUUUGAUGACAAGCGCCAAGCGUAUCAAUGAAUAUGUGCAACUACCGCAAGAAGAAGAUGAUUGCGAUCAAAAAACAUUUAUUCCGAAGACAGCGGAUUGGCCUAAUUCUGGAACGAUUGAAUUUCGAAACUAUUCGCUACGUUAUCGAUCCCAUUUGGAACCAACACUCAAAAGCAUCAACUUGCACAUUGCAUCUGGAGAGAAGAUAGGCAUCAUAGGCAGGACAGGUGCUGGAAAAUCAUCACUGUUCCAAGGUCUCUUUCGUUUAGUUGAUCGUUCAUGUAUCGAAGGUGAAAUUAUUAUUGACGGUAUCGAUAUUAGUCGGAUCCCACUAAGCCAUCUUCGCUCUCGCCUAAGUGUGAUUCCUCAGCAGCCUAUUUUAUUCGUUGGUACUCUACGAUAUAAUCUAGACCCAUUCAAUCAAUAUUCCGAUGAACAAUGCUGGGAAGCAUUAGAAGCGGUGCAAUUGAAGGAGAUGGCACGUAUGCAUCAAGCUGGUCUUCUAUUACCAGUAGCUGAAUCAGGCAACAAUUUAAGUGUGGGCCAAUGCCAACUAAUUUGUGUUGCUCGAGCCAUUCUUAAACAAAGUAAAAUUCUAUUAAUCGACGAGGCCACAGCUAACGUCGAUGAACGAACCGAUCGGUUACUUCAAGCAGUGAUCACUGAAAAAUUUAAAGAUCGAACUGUUUUAACCAUCGCUCAUCGACUUAAUACAAUAAGUACAAGUGAUCGCCUCUUAGUAAUGGAAGAUGGCAAGGCAUCCAAUUUCGAUACACCGGAUAAAAUUUUGCCUAGCUCUCAAUAG